AUGAGCACUGUGACUAAUGAAUCGAAGAAGAAGGAAACUAUCGAUAAGGCACUAAUACAGUAGUAAAGGGAAUAGUUAAAGCAGACGGUUUUGGAAAGAUUUAUUAAAGAUUUCGGUAAGAGCAACAAAACAAAAAUAUAAAUAAUUACUUAAAUAGUGAAUGAUUAUUUUACAAAAACCAGAGUCACUGACGUGACUUUGAAGACUCUUAAAUAAUAAGUUUAAUAAGCAAUUCAAAAUGUAGGAUCAACAACGCAAUCCUAGGCUGAAAAAUCAAUAUAGGAAUCAUAAGUCACUCAACAACAGCAAGCACAGCAUGUUCCAUAGUAAAAGCCUCCUAGCAGUCAAUCUAGAAAAUCAAAUAAAUAACAAUUAUAACAAUAAUAAGUGUAAUAAUAUAACUAAGAUGCGCACUCUGAAAUAUCAUCCAAAGCUCCGAAAUCUGUGUAUAUGAUGGAAGGCGAUGAGGAUGAUGAAUGGGCUACGUUAGUUAAGUUUGACACUGAAUUAUAUAAGAAGGAGAAGGAACUGGAGAAUGUAAGGAAACAGGAAUUCAAAAAGAAGAUAAAGAAUGAAUUGGAUAGGUAAAUUGAUGAGAAAUAAAAUAAAAAAUAAGAGGAGUUUUAGGAUGAAGAUGCUUAUGUGAAAUUACAUCAUUAUUAAUUAAAUGUCUAUGAUUAGAGAGAAAAAGAGAAACAAGAUAAUCUUAAAAGCAAAAUAUUUAAUGAAAAAUUAUAGAGAGACAAAUAGGUUAGAGAUGAAUAGCAAAGAAAAAAAGUAGAACAAAAGAAGGAGAAGGAGUUAGAUGGUUUACUUGUUAAAAAGAUUAGAGAGGAAUUGGAAUUAGAAUAGAGAGAAUAACUUAAUAGAAGGAACAAGGAGAGAGAAAGAUUCUUGAGAAUGAUGAAGGAGAAUGAGGAAUAUAGAAAGAAGGCUUUAGAAGAUGCUAAAUUAGAGAAGGAGGCUGAAACUUAAAUGUAAUAACAAUACAUUAAUUUGCAAAAUUAAUUAGAAGAACAAAGAGAUUUGGAAAGGAAACAGAGAGAGGAAAAGAUGAAGAAAGUUAUGGGGAUGUUUGCUGAAGGUGUUGUGAGAGAUUAAAAGGAAUUGAUUAGAUAGGAAGAUGACAAAAUGUUAAGGAAUAUUAUAGCGUAAAAUGAAAGGGAGAAAAUUGAAGAGGAAAAGAAAAAGAUAAAGCAAUUGGAUUAAAGAUAAUAAUUAAGGUCAUUCUUGAAUUCUUAAAUAGAGGAAAAAAAGAGAAGACAAGAAGAAGAAGAGGAAUUAAAUAAGAGAUAAGCUGAAAUCUGGAAGUAGGAUUUGAAUAAUUACAAUGAUCAUGAGAAAAAAAAAUUUGAUUAUAUUAAAGAAGUAAAUUUAAGACAUGCAGAUAUACUAAAGAGUCAAAUUGAAGAAAAGUAAAGUAAAAUUAAGAAGAAAACAACUAAAAUGAACACAGCUGAGUUGCUAUAGAAUAAAGACAAACUUAAAGUAAUUGCUUAAGAAGUCCCAGAACUUGGAGAGAAGGUUAAGAAGAUUGAGAUUUGA